CACACACACACACACACACUGCUCACACACUCCUGAUAGGUGACCAUGAAGCUGAGCGUGGCUCUGUUUUUCGCCGGGCUCUUUGGCGCGCUCGCUGCCGUGUUCGUCCUCCUCUCCUUCGGGACAGAUUACUGGCUCCUGGCCUCCGAGACCUGCAACAGAGAGGACCUCAGCACUCCAGAACCAGGUGAAGAGAGAGACGGGUUCUCCACCACAAACUUCUACCAUGAGGGCUUCUUCUGGAGAUGUUCCUUCAGAGGCAAGUAACGUCGACAACAGCCUCUUGUUCUGGUUCACCAACGAGCCCUACCACAAGCUGUGCAUGCCUGCCUAUCUGUUCCCCUUCCCUGUGUCCCAGCAGACUCACAAUGCCACGAGCUACGACUCAGCCAUCAUCUACAGGGGCUUCUGGAGUGUCUUCAUGCUGAUUGGUGUGGUAGCUGUUGUGGUGGGCGGGUUCGUCAUCAUCUGUGCUGCUCCAUUCGCCAGUCACUGCCUUUAUAAGGCCGGGGGCGGGCUCUUCAUCACCUCUGGGGUGUUCCUCCUGGCUGUGGUGGUGAUGUUCGUUCUCUGGUUGGAGGUUCUGGAUGUGGUGCCCCUCUACAAGGACCACCAGCACUCGCUGUGCCCCGACUUCCAGCUGUCCAUCGACUACGGCCUCUCCUUCAUGUUCGCACCAGUCGGAAUCUUUUUCAGCCUUCUAGCUGGUCUCCUCUUCCUCCUCAUUGGCCGAUCUGUUCAAAUGCAGUAUCACUGAAUGUCGCCCUGGUGACCUCAAGGGGGAAAUGGAUGGAGGACUUCUGAGACUUCCUGAAGCUUCUGGACAAUGGCUUCCACCUCCAGAACUUGGUUAUGCUUGUGUGCUACAGUACAUCAGCGAUCCAGGAGACGGGAGAAGAUUUUACGAACUUAAUUAAAACAACAAUGUAUUUUGUCCGAACAAAUAUGGAGAACAUAAAUUGAGUUUCAUAUCAACAACCUAUCUUUGCCUAGAGCAUCAUUCUGUUAGGUAAAACAAAGUACAUCAUGGGAAACAUUUUCAACAAAGUCUCAAAAUCCCCACGCCUGACACCUAGUGAAACGUGAUUGGUUCAAGGGCUGUCCAAAGUAUUGCCAGAACAAUUAAGCAGGAAGUGAGGAUGGAGAACAUGUCUGUUAACUGUUGUUGCUGCUGUACUCACUGUUUCUCACUGUGGUUGGUGUUUUUUUUCCACAUCAUUUUGCUUAAUGUGUUGCUAAAUGUGUUUCGACAUAAAAGAGGGCAGUAGUUAUUGUAAUACAUUUCUGUAUUCAGAGCACCUACUGUAUGUUAAAUUGUGUUAUUUGUCACAUUUUGUUUAAUUUGAGAGGAUAAUUUAUUUUCAUCGAUAUGAGCUGCAUGCAGUGUUUGUUGCCAGAGUUUCACAAAGUUGAGCUUACAUUGAUAGACUGAGGCAAAUAUUUGUAUAUCUGGUCUGUUUAAAUCCACAUUUCACCAGAUAAUUUGGGAAUGGGUCAUUGUAUGAAGGCUUAAAUUGUAAAUAAUAAAUUAAACAUGUAAGUGCUAUUUUUAAAUGUCAAAUACCUUAAACAAUUAACACAAAUAAAAUCAGAUUUGUAUAUUUUAAUUGGGA